AUGAGUGGCGGAAAGCCUCCCACAGCGGGCGGCAAUAAAAGAAAACUCGGAUUGGAUCUUCCGGGACCUUCUCGUUUCAUUCGAACUGAAUUAAAGAAACGCGCAAACACGGAUUUCAACGCGAAAAAGAUUUGGGCAGAGCUGAAUCGUCCCUUGGGGUGUCAGAACUUCUUAAGCCCGAACGUUUUCUCGUUGCCGGAGAAGGUUUUGCGUCAUUCGUCGAAAAUGUUGCCAGAUUCGGCAGCGAGAGCACGCAAAAAAGCCCUGGCAGACAAGAAAAAGAAGCGAAAAUCGUACACGGAGGUCCGAAAAGAGCGCGAAGAGUUCCGAAAACGUCUCAUUGACUUGAUAAUUAGCAAAGAUGAGGAAUACACGAUGGACGAUGAUACUUUUCCAAAUGCUCAUGAACGGGAAACGAUGCGAUAUUACUAUUAUAUCAAGCAUGGGAUUGACACAGCUCAUGUGGCGCCCAUCGAUAAGAAGGUUUUGAACAGAAUUUUGACGUUAAUCCCAAAAAAUCUCCAAAAAUACCAAGAAAUGUUGAAAAAUAUCACGGAAGAGAUGAAACUCGAUUACAAUUUAGCGGUCAAAAAAGCCGUUAUCGACUUCGUGCUUGGAGACGCUCUCUUCCGUUACGUAAAAAAAGAUGAAAUGACCCAUGCCAGAGUUGAAGUUAAGGAUAUGACACUCAAAUGGAAGCAUCGUUACGACGAAAAUCGCCGUCAACUCAAACGAAAUCUCUUCGCGAUCAAUCGUUGUCUUGCUCAAAUCCUCGAAAUUUGGCAUACGAGCUUCAAGGGCAUCGAAUUUGUUGAUUUAGAAUCGCUAAUUAGCAAAGGAGCUGCUUAUGAUUUGUCUGAAUUCACCUCUACGGUCUCUCGAAUGAUCGAAGAUGCGAAAAAUAUGCUGACUGAAAAGUGGUAUGGAGCGAUCCAGAGCAUUUUGGUCAAAGGAGUGAAGCGAAAAAUUGUCCCGGAUCAGACAAAACCGCGACUUUUGAAGCGAUUUCAUAAUUCUGUGUCAGCUUUGAUGACGCAACAGCUUCAGGACAUGUGCAUACGGAGCCUUUACACGUACACGGAUUAUAUUUGUGACAUUGGGAACAAAAACCAAGGAUUUCGUUUGACGAUUUUGCUCGAAAAUGAAGACACACUGACUUUUAUUCCGAGUUUUUCGAAGUUUAGCACCGAAAUUAUCCGAAUGAUAGACACAAUUGUACGAGCAAGUCGCAUUUUUCCGCGAAUUGAGACAAAAAUGUACCCGGAUGGCGUCAAUGACCUUGAGAAUAACAUGCUGAAGCCCGAUAUUCCUGCACAAAUUAUCGCGGAAUGCAAGGAAAAGAUCCAUUUGAUGCUCGAGGAGCAACGAAUUGGACCGGAAUUGCGCAUGCAGGACUUUGACAAGUACAUGUCGUUGAUGAAUGGCGAAGAUAUCGAAGUAAUUACGAGUUUCAUGCGACAAAAAGCGAGUUUUGAGGAAUAUUGUGACCUCAUACAAAAGUAUAAAGAGAUUGAAAAUGAAAUUUCACGCGAGGUAUAUGGCGUGAUUUCCAUGCAAUUUUACGAUUUUCACCGUGAAGGACUCAUUGAGACGCUGGAAGGCUUGGCAAAGUUCAUGCAACAGGAAUUACUGCAAAAAAUGAUCACCGAACAGCAGAAUAGUUGCGUAAAAUUAGCUCAAGAGUACGAAGGGAUCUCCGCAAAAAUCUUAAGUAUACCAAAAGACACGGCAGAAUUGAUGGAAUUGAAGGCCUAUGCGGCAAAAACUGAGGAUAAAACAAUUCCCGAGAUGGAAGAACGACUCAGAGUGAACUUAAAACAUCUUCUUUAUCUAACGGAUCAUACAAUUUUUACCCCGCUUGAGCUAAAACAGAACACAAAUACGUUCACUUGGUACCUGAAAAUGCCAACUGUGUUCCAAAAACAUAAGGAAAUCGUCAUUGACAAGACUGCGGAGUAUCAGGAAGCCCUCAAGAAACGCAUUGAAGCCUUUAUCCGUGACUUGGAAGUCUUUUGGGAUCAAGUUAAGGAGUACGAAGGAUGGGGUGACAUCAAACUCCUGUCAAGAUAUCGCAAAAAAGCGACCAUUUUGGAUAAUAAAUUGGUAGCGGCAAUGGAAAAAAUCGACCAAAUUAACGAAGAAGAAGCCGCUUAUGGAUGGGAAUUGUCCCAAUAUCCGCUCCGGAAGCAAUGUCACGAUAAAUUAAUCCCUUAUAAGAAGCUGUAUGAUGCGGGACAAGAGUUUUUGGACAAGCACAAUACUUGGAUCAACUCCCAAAUUGGUACUCAUGACCCCGAAGUUAUUGAGGAUACAGUAGGAAACCUCUAUAGAAUCGUUACGAAGCUUGAAAAGCAAUUUCAGUUGCAGCCAAAUACGUUUCGUUUAACUCAAGAUAUCAAAAAUCGUAUCGACGACUUCAAGAAACACUCGUUACUCCUCCAAACUCUUGGAAAUCCGGGCAUGAAAGACCGUCAUUGGGAAAAGGUCUCGGAAAUUAUUGGAUUUCCUAUUAAAGUUUCCACGGAAUUGACUUUGUCGCGCGUCAUCGACUACAAUCUCGACGAAUAUCUGCCGAAAUUCGUGCCAAUUUCGGAUAGCGCCACUAAAGAAAAUAACUUGGAGAAGCAAAUGAACAGCAUGAUCAACGAAUGGAGUGACAUGGCAUUCACUGUUAACCCCUAUCGUGAUUCUGGAACGUACAUUUUAUCAGCAGUCGAUGAUAUUCAGGUGUUACUCGAUGAUCACAUCAUAAAAACGCAGACUAUGAAGGGAUCGCCUUACAUCAAACCGUUCGAGGAAGACAUUUUGGCUUGGGAGAAAAAACUCAUGCUUUUGCAGGAAAUUUUGGAUGACUGGCUUCGUGUGCAGGCGAAUUGGAUGUAUUUAGAGCCAAUUUUCUCCAGUCCUGACAUCCAAUCUCAAAUGCCCGAGGAAGGAAGACGUUUCAGUGCUGUCGAUAAAAUUUGGCGCGACUUGAUGAAAGCCGUUAAUUUAGACACGCGCGUCUUAACUGUCAUCGAAAUCGAUAAAAUGUCGGAAAAACUCAAAAAAUCCUUCAAUCUCUUGGAAGUUAUUCAAAAAGGACUUAAUGAAUACCUCGAAAAGAAACGUCUCUUCUUCCCACGCUUCUUUUUCCUCUCAAACGAGGAGCUUUUAGAGAUUUUAUCGGAAACCAAAGAUCCAACUCGGGUCCAGCCACACUUGAAAAAGUGUUUCGAAGGCAUUGCGUCGUUAUUUUUCACCGAAGCACUCGAAGUUACGAUCAUGCGUUCGAGCGAAGGCGAGGAAAUUGAACUUGUGGACAUCAUUAACACCGCAAAAGCUCGUGGGCAGGUCGAAAAAUGGCUUUUGGAGCUGGAAACUGACAUGAAAAAGAGUAUUCACAAGAAAAUCAAGCAAUGUGUCGAGGCUUACGUGACAAAUGUGCGACAUGAAUGGGUGUUGAUGUGGCCCGGACAAUGCAUUCAAUCCAUUUCCAUGACUUAUUGGACGACGGAGGUCACGGAAUGCUUCUUUUCGGGCAAUCCAGUAGCAGCGAUGGCGGAUUAUCUCGAGCAAUGUCGAACCCAAAUCGGGCAUAUUGUGGAUUUAGUUCGUGGAGCACUUUCAAUACAAAAUCGAAUCACAUUGGGAGCUCUUGUCGUGCUGGAUGUUCAUUCUCGUGACGUUUUAAUCGAGUUAAUUGACAAACAAACGACCAAAGCGAACGAUUUCAACUGGCUCGCACAGUUACGGUACUAUUGGGAGAAGGAAAAUCUCGCAACUCGCAUGAUAAAUUCAACGCUGAUGUAUGGAUACGAAUAUCUCGGCAACACACCACGUUUGGUAAUCACUCCGUUGACUGAUCGUUGUUACCGAACGCUUUUUGGUGCGUUACAUUUGCAUCUGGGAGGCGCUCCAGAAGGUCCUGCAGGCACAGGAAAAACGGAAACGACAAAGGAUUUGGCAAAAGCAGUUGCGAAGCAGUGUGUUGUCUUCAAUUGCUCAGAUGGAUUGGAUUAUAUCGCGCUCGGGAAGUUUUUCAAGGGAUUAGCUUCGUGCGGUGCGUGGUCUUGUUUUGAUGAGUUUAACAGAAUUGACUUGGAAGUGUUAUCGGUUGUGGCGCAACAGAUUUUGACGAUUCAAAGAGGAAUAAAUUCAGGAAAUGACUCGUUGAUGUUUGAGGGAACGCAGUUGAAGUUGGAUCCAACGUGCGCUGUUUUCAUCACAAUGAAUCCCGGUUACGCUGGUCGUUCCGAACUUCCUGACAACUUGAAAGCUCUUUUCCGUUCCGUCGCUAUGAUGGUUCCUGAUUACGUGCUCAUCUCCGAAAUCGAGCUUUAUGCCUUUGGAUUCCUCGAAGCAAAGCCCUUAGCAGUCAAAAUCGUCGCAACUUAUCGUUUGUGCUCCGAACAACUUUCGUCGCAGCCUCAUUACGAUUAUGGCAUGCGAGCUGUAAAAUCUGUGUUGAAAGCUGCGGGCAACUUGAAACUCCGAUACCCUCACGAAUCUGAAGAUAUUUUGGUCCUGCGUUCGAUAAAAGAUGUCAAUUUAGCGAAAUUCUUGAAUCAUGACGUCCCGUUAUUCCAAGGCAUCACUUCCGAUCUCUUUCCUGGUAUAAUAAUGCCUGAUCCCGAUUACGUCGUGUUCAAUGAAGCUGUUCGAAAGGCUUGUGAGAACCAGAACAAACAAAUGACGCCGUAUUUCUUAGAGAAGAUUCAACAACUCUACGAAAUGAUUGUCGUUCGGCAUGGCUUGAUGAUUGUUGGACUUCCGUUUGGCGGCAAGACAUCCGCGUAUCGUGUUUUAGCCGAAGCCUUGGGCCUUAUCGAGGAUUUGGGCGAAAUGAAUGAGCAUCGGGUCGAAUUUAAAGUUAUUAAUCCGAAAUCUAUCACGAUGGGGCAACUUUAUGGACAAUUUGAUCCCGUUUCGCACGAAUGGAGCGAUGGAAUUUUAGCUGUUUCGUAUCGUCAAUUCGCCCAAAGUACCACCACAGACCGGAAAUGGCUCAUUUUCGAUGGGCCCGUUGACGCAAUAUGGAUUGAGAACAUGAACACCGUGCUGGAUGACAACAAAAAAUUGUGUCUCAUGUCGGGCGAGAUCAUUCAACUCGCGCCAACGACAAAUUUGGUGUUUGAGCCGAUGGAUUUGGAAGCUGCUUCGCCAGCGACGGUGUCUCGUUGCGGCAUGAUCUACAUGGAACCCGACACUUUGGGCUGGGAACCGUUGCUGGAGUCGUGGAAGAACACGUUGCCCGAACGAUUGAACGAAGUGAACAAACAAAGUAUUCAUCAAAUGUUUUCCCGUUUCUGUCCCGUGCUCCUUUGGUUCAUCCGGAAGGGCGGAUUGCAAGAAAUGGCGUCAACUUUGAAUUCAACUCUCGUUGUUUCGAUUAUGAACUUAUUUGACAGCUUCAUGGACGACUUUAACGAUGAAGAAUACGUCAAAGGACUCAGUGACUUGGAUGUUCGUGCGCAACUCGAGGGAGUUUUCUUCUUUUCCUGCAUCUGGGGUCUCGGAGGACCCUUGAACAACGCAUCACGUCUCAAAUUUUCCGAACUUUUCCGCGGAUUGACGGAAAAAGUGUUCCCGCAAGAGCUUAACGAGAAACUUCGCAUCCCGAAAGACUUCCGUCCGGCAAAUUUAACGAAGCCUUUCAUCUUUCAAAUACCGAAACAGGGCUCCGUCUUCGAUUAUCGCUUCAUUAAAGAAGGUAAAGGCAAAUGGAAACCCUGGGCAGAUGAAAUUGCAAGUGCUCCUCCGAUCCCGCGUGACAUGCCAGUGAACCAAAUAAUCGUUACAACAUCGGAAACGAUCAGAAUGUGCGCUUUGAUGGAACUUUUGGUGCAACAUUCGAAGCAUGUGAUGCUCGUAGGACCAACGGGCACCGGAAAAAGCGUUUAUAUCAUCGAUUUUUUGCUCAAAAAGAACGACACGAGCAAAUACAAGCCACUUUUGAUGAAUUUUUCGGCACAAACAACCGCAAAUCAGACGCAAGACGUGAUAAUGUCAAAGCUGGACAAACGUCGAAAGGGUGUUUAUGGACCGCCGUUGGGGAAAAAAUGCGUUAUUUUCAUCGACGAUGUUUCCAUGCCGCUGAAGGAGACUUAUGGAGCUCAACCUGCUAUUGAAAUCCUUCGAAUGUGGUUGGACCAUGGGAUUUGGUACGAUAAAAAGGAUAACGUCGUGUUGAAACUCAUCGAUAUGCAAAUGAUGUGUGCGAUGGGGCUUCCAACGUCAGGAAAUACCGUAACUCCUCGUUUUGCGAGACAUUUCAACCUGUUUGCGAUCGAUGAAUUCGACGAUCAAGCUCUAAUAACGAUUUUUAGCAAGAUUGUGUUGUGGCAUCUCGACACCCGGGGAUUUUCCAAAGAGUUUGAUCCAAGUAUCGAUGAAAUUGUGCUCUCAACGUUGAAUAUUUACAACAAUUGUCGUCAAAAUUUGAGACCAACUCCUGCGAAAUGUCAUUAUUUGUUCAAUUUACGGGACUUUUCGCGCGUCGUGCAAGGAGUUUUGAUGUCCGUGCCCGAAGGAACUGAAACAAUUAACUCGAUGAGACGAUUAUGGGCUCACGAAGUACUUCGUGUGUACGGAGAUCGACUCGUAGAUGAGCAUGACAGGGUCUGGUUGUUCAAUGUGCUGCGAGAUACGAUCAACUCGAAGAUGUCUGAACCGGCGGAUGUGCUUUUUGAACGUUUAAUCGAAAAGGGAAAGCCUUUAACGGAACAAAAUUUACGAAAUUUGAUGUUUUGUGACUUUACCAACCCCAAAGCAGAUACAAAGUUGUACCUGGAGGUGCAAGAAAUCGAACAUUUACGCUUCACAGUUGAAGGAUAUUUAAGUGAAUUUAACAAUGUAUCGAAAAAACCGAUGAAUUUGGUGCUUUUUGUCUUCGCCGUUGAGCAUCUUUCGAGAAUUUGUCGCGUUAUUAAGCAACCACGUGGUCAUUGCUUGCUCGUGGGUGUCGGAGGAUCAGGAAGACAGUCACUUUCGCGAUUGGCAAGUCACGUAUGCGAUUGUGAAAUGUUCCAGAUCGAGUUAACUCGAACUUAUGGGGCAAACGAAUGGCAUGAGGACCUUAAACAGAUCCUGCGGAAAGUGGCGACGAGCGAACAGCAUGGCGCGUUUCUCUUUACGGACACUCAAAUUAAGGAAGAGGGAUUUUUGGAAGACAUUAACAACUUGUUGAACUCUGGCGAAGUCCCGAAUCUCUUCAAUAACGAAGAAAAAGUCGAAAUUUUGGAGAAAAUGCGGCAAAUGGAUCGUCAAAAAGAUAAAAGUCUUCAAACGGAUGGCAGUCCCGUGGCGUUAUUCAAUCUUUUUGUGACAAUUAUCAAGGAGCAGCUUCACGUGAUACUUUCAAUGUCGCCCAUUGGUGACGCCUUUCGUAAUCGGGUGCGAAAAUUCCCUUCAAUCGUGAAUUGUUGCACUAUUGAUUGGUUCGCAGCGUGGCCCAAAGACGCUCUAUUGGCUGUUGCUACGAAAUUCUUGGGAGAUAUCGAGAUGAAAGGCAACGAACGAAGCGUUUGCAUUGACAUGUGCAUGCAAUUCCAUACUUCGACCCAAAAAUUGACGGAAGAGUUCUACACAAGGCUCAACCGCAAAAAUUACGUGACCCCGACUUCGUAUUUGGAGUUGAUCAGCACAUUCCAAACGUUGCUCGAGAAGAAAAGAACUGAAACAGCGGGUGCUAAACAGCGUUACCUCACAGGUUUGGACCAACUGAAAAUCGCCGCCGAACAAAUCGUCGUAAUGCAGAAAAAUUUGGAGAUUUUACAACCUCAACUGAAGGCAAUUAACGAAACUGUCGCGAUUCAACUUGAAAAAGUCGCUGCCGAAAGUGAUGAAGCCGCAAAAACGCGAGAAAUAGUGAAGCGGGAUGAAGUAAAUGCGGAAGCGACAGCAACUGCAGCUCAAUCUAUCAAGAAGGAAUGUGAUGAACGACUGGAAGAAGCGAUGCCCGCAUUGAAUGCUGCUCUGGAAGCAUUAAAUACGAUCAACGCGAGCGAUAUUUCCAACAUCAAAAAGAUUGGAAGACCUCCGCCGGCGUUAAAAUUACUCUUGGAGGCAAUUGCAAUCUUGAAAGACAUCAAACCAGACAAAGUUCCGAAUCCAGCAGGUACGGGACAGAUCGAUGAUUGGGAUAAACCCAUACAAAGGAUGUUGGCAGCGACGAAUUUCUUGGAUAGCUUGAAGAGUUUCGACAAAGACAACAUUGAUCCGAAGACGAUUCAACGACUGCACGAGAGAAUUUUGAGUAACGAGAUGUUUACGGAGGAAAAUGUCGAAAAAAAUUUCCAAAAAGCUGUUGGAUUGUUCCUGUGGGUGCACGCGAUGAUCGAUUAUGAGAAAGUUGCUCGUCAAAUUGCUCCGAAAAGAGCUGCAUUGAAGGAAGCUGAAGAUACGUACAAUACCGCCAUGACAGAGUUAAACUACAAAAAAUCCGAGCUCCAAAACGUUGAAGACAAAUUAGCGGACCUCCAAAAGAAACUCGACGCUCAAAUCGCCAAUUUCAAGAAGCAAGAAGCCAAUAUGCAACUUUGUCAGAAGAAACUUGAGCGAGCCACUGAACUCAUUAACGGCUUGGGAGGCGAAAAAGAUCGUUGGACCGAAGCUGCCGAGCAAUUGGGAGAAAUUUACGAGACAAUUACGGGUGACGUGCUCAUCUCAUCGGGAAUUGUGGCGUAUUUGGGUCCCUUUACGACGGAAUUUCGCACAAAACAAGUCGCGGAAUGGGCUACCAUGUGUCGCAUGAAAGGCGUUGUGUGUGCUCCAGACUUUCAGCUCAUCACAGUACUUGGCGAUCCGGUUUCGAUACGUGCUUGGAAUAUUUUUGGAUUGCCCAGUGAUGCGUUUUCCAUCGAAAGUGCGAUUAUUAUAACGAACGCUCGUCGCUGGCCUUUGAUGAUUGAUCCUCAAGGACAAGCAAAUAAAUGGAUUCGUAACAUGGAAAAGGCAAAUAGACUGUCAAUUAUUCGUCUAAAUCAACCAGAUUACACUCGAGUGUUGGAAAAUUCAAUCCAAUUUGGACUUCCCGUGUUACUGGAGAACGUUGGAGAAGAAAUCGAGCCGAUUUUGGAGCCGGUAUUGCUUAAACAGACAUUUAAACAAGGCGGUAUUAAGUGUAUUAAGCUUGGAGAUGCCAUUAUUGAGUACAAUGACUCCUUUAAACUUUACAUCACAACGAAGCUCCGAAACCCUCAUUACUUACCAGAAAUCGCUGUCAAGGUCACUCUCUUGAACUUUAUGAUCACCGAAGCUGGUCUACAGGAUCAAUUACUCGCAAUUACCGUCGCCAAAGAACGUCCUGACCUCGAAACGGAACGAAAUCAGCUUAUCGUGCAAGGAGCCGACAACAAACGUCAACUCAAAGAGAUCGAAGACAAAAUUUUGCACAUUUUAUCAACUUCGGAGAAUUUAUUGGAAGACGAAACCGCGGUAAAUGUCUUGAGUUCGUCAAAAACGUUAGCUAACGACAUCGUGGAGAAACAAGCGAUUGCCGAUAUCACCGAGAAACAAAUUGACGCAGCCCGUUUGGUUUAUACGCCAAUUGCGGUUCACUCGACUACCUUAUUUUUCACCAUCAUUGACUUGGCUAACAUCGAUCCCAUGUAUCAAUACAGUUUGGUGUGGUUCGUGAAUUUAUUUACAGCAGCAAUUGAUAAUACCGAAAAAAUUGACGAUGUCCCGUUGCGACUUACGGAUUUGAAGCAAUAUUUCACGAAAAGUCUUUAUGAAAAUAUUUGUCGCAGUUUGUUCGAAAAAGACAAACUUUUGUUCUCGUUACUUUUGUGCGUCAAUUUGCGGCGUGACGAGCUCGAAGUGACUCCCACGGAAUGGAUGUUUUUCCUCACGGGCGGUGUGAGUCUCGGGAACCCCAUUGCCAAGCCAGCUGAUUGGCUUUCGACGAAAUGUUGGGACGAGCUAUGCCGUCUUUCGGAUUUCGACUCUUUCCGGGGAUUGCAUGAACAUGUGAAGGAAAAUUUGGAUAAAUGGCGCGCUUUGUACGAAAGUGAGAUGCCUCAAGAUGAAAAUUUGCCUGAACCGUGGCACACUAAACUCACCUUAUUCCGUAAAUUGAUGAUUUUGCGAUGCAUUCGUGCCGACAAACUCGUUCCGGCGGUGCAAAAUUUCGUCGCGACGAUCAUGGGACAGGAAUUUAUCGAGCCGCCACCUUUUAACAUCGCCGCAUCGUACGAAGAUUCGAAUUGUUGCACCCCACUGAUUUUUGUUUUGACGCCGGGAGCUGAUCCAACGGUGACUUUGCUGAAAUUUGCUGAUGAUCAAGGUUACGGAGCCCAAAGACUUUUCUCGUUGUCACUUGGGCAAGGUCAAGGCCCCAUCGCAGCGCGAUUAGUGGAUGAGGGCACCAAAUUCGGUAACUGGGUCAUUUUACAAAAUUGUCACUUGGCGAAAAGUUGGAUGCCAACCUUGGAGAAAAUUUGCGAAAAUUUGAUGCCGGACUCGACGCACCCUGAUUUCCGUUUGUGGUUGACUUCGUACCCGGCAGAGCACUUUCCGACGGUUGUUUUGCAAAAUGGCGUCAAAAUCACGAAUGAACCUCCGAAGGGAUUACGUGCGAAUAUUCAAAGGUCGUACUUGGCAGAUCCAAUUAACGAUCCGGAAUGGUUUGAAUCGUGCAGUCAGCCGAAAAUUUUCAAAAAAUUACUUUAUUCGUUGUGUUUCUUCCACGCAAUUGUGCAAGAAAGACGUCAAUUUGGCCCGAUCGGAUGGAAUAUACCGUAUGAAUUUAACGAAACGGAUCUCAGUAUCUCCUUGACGCAGUUGAUGAUGUUCCUCAAUGAAUACGAAGAGGUUCAAUUUGUGGCUUUGCGAUAUCUCACAGGCGAAUGUAACUACGGAGGACGAGUUACCGAUGAUUGGGAUCGAAGAACUUUGAAUACAAUUCUUCGAAAAUUUUAUACUCCGACACUUUUGAGCGAUUCUGGGUACAAAUUUGAUCCAACAGGCACGUAUUACGCCCCGGAAGAGAACGAAUACGAAGCUUAUAUGAACUACACGAAGGAAUUGCCGAUGUUGACGAAGCCAGCAGUGUUUGGAUUGCAUGACAACGCGGAAAUUAUCAAGGAUCAGCAGGAAACUAACGUUCUUUUGGCUAAUACGUUGCUGACACAGAACACCCAAGGCACAGGAGAUGCCGAAAAAGCAACCGAAGAAUUGGUUGUCGGGGUUUCGACUGAAAUUUUGAAUAAAUUGCCGCCGUUGUUUGAUAGAGAUGAAGCUUUGGACAAAUAUCCGACGAGUUAUCAUCAGAGCAUGAACACGGUUCUUGUGCAAGAGAUGGGAAGAUUUAAUACUUUGCUUCUGUGUAUCAAAAAUAGCUUGGAAACUGUCAGAAAAGCUGUUAAAGGUGAGGUCGUUCUAUCGCCUGAAAUCGAAGAAGUGGUCAACGCCAUCAAGACAGGACGCAUUCCCGACAUGUGGAUGAAAAAAUCUUACCCGAGCUUGAAACCGUUGGGCAGUUAUGUGAAUGAUUUCCUUGCGAGACUCGACUUUUUACAGAAAUGGUUUGAUAACGGACCUCCAGCUACUUAUUGGAUCUCCGGAUUUUACUUUACCCAAGCUUUUUUGACGGGAGCCCAACAGAAUUACGCCCGAAAAUACAAAAUUCCGAUAGAUUUACUCUCAUUCGACUUUGAAGUGCAAACGGAAAGUAUCUUUGGGGAGCCUCCCGAUGACGGCGUUUACGUUUACGGACUUUUUGUGGAGGGCGCUCGAUGGGAUCGAACCAAAAAGUGCUUGGAGGAGAUGUAUCCACGGAUUCUUUUUGAUGAAAUGCCUCACAUCUGGUUCCGUCCCAUGAAACGUUCCGAAGUCAAAGAACGCCAUUCCUACCUGUGCCCCGUGUAUAAAACUGCCGAACGACGAGGAAUUCUGUCAACUACGGGCCACAGUACGAACUUUGUUGUGUCAAUUACUCUUGAUUGUGCACCAGAAACCGAUCCAGAUCAUUGGGUGAUGCGUGGUUGUGCCUUACUCUGCCAAUUGAGCCAAUAA